AUGGCCCUAAGGGAGACUAGGAAGAGCUUAGCUCCUAGCCAGCUGGCCAAGAGAAAACCGGAAGGCAGAUCUGGUGAUGAUGAAGACUGGCAGCCUGGGACAGUGACUCCCAAGAAACGGAAAUCCAGCAGUGGGACUCAGAGCCAGGAGUGUUUCCUGUCUCCCUUUCGGAAAACUUUGAUUCAACUAACCAAUCGGCCACCCUGUCUGGAUAGUAGUCAACAUGAAUCCUUUAUUCGAAGCAUUUUGUCAAAGCCUUUUAAAAUCCCCAUUCCAAAUUAUCAAGGUCCUCUGGGCUCUCGGGCCUUGGGCCUCAAAAGGGCUGGGGUCCGCCGGGCCCUCCAUGACCCCUUGGAAGAAGGUGCCUUGGUUUUGUACGAGCCUCCCCUGCUGAGCGCCCAUGACCAGCUGAAGCUUGACAAGGAAAAACUCCCUGUCCAUGUGGUUGUUGAUCCUAUCCUCAGUAAGGUCUUGCGGCCUCAUCAGAGAGAGGGAGUGAAGUUCCUGUGGGAGUGUGUCACCAGCCGGCGCAUCCCUGGCAGCCAUGGCUGCAUCAUGGCUGAUGAGAUGGGCCUGGGCAAGACGCUGCAGUGCAUCACGUUGAUGUGGACGCUUUUGCGCCAGAGUCCAGAGUGCAAACCAGAAAUUGACAAGGCAGUGGUGGUGUCACCCUCCAGCCUAGUGAAGAACUGGUACAAUGAAGUUGGGAAAUGGCUUGGAGGGAGGAUCCAACCUCUGGCCAUUGACGGAGGCUCUAAGGACGAGAUAGACCAAAAGCUGGAAGGAUUCAUGAACCAGCGUGGAGCCCGGGUGCCUUCUCCCAUCCUCAUCAUUUCCUAUGAGACAUUCCGCCUUCAUGUUGGAGUCCUCCAGAAAGGGAGUGUUGGACUGGUCAUAUGUGACGAGGGACACAGACUUAAGAACUCUGAGAAUCAGACUUACCAGGCACUGGACAGCUUGAACACCAGCCGGCGGGUGCUUAUCUCCGGGACCCCCAUCCAGAAUGAUCUCCUUGAGUAUUUCAGCUUGGUACAUUUUGUUAAUUCAGGCAUUCUGGGAACUGCCCAUGAGUUCAAGAAGCAUUUUGAGUUGCCAAUCUUGAAGGGCCGGGAUGCAGCUGCUGGUGAGGCGGACAGACAGCUAGGAGAGGAGCGGUUGCGGGAGCUCACCAGCAUUGUGAAUAGGUGUCUGAUACGGAGGACAUCUGAUAUCCUGUCUAAAUAUCUGCCUGUGAAGAUUGAGCAGGUGGUUUGUUGUAGGCUGACACCCCUUCAAACUGAAUUAUACAAGAGGUUUCUGAGACAGGCCAAGCCAGCCGAAGAGUUGCGUGAGGGCAAGAUGAGUGUGUCUUCCCUUUCUUCCAUCACCUUACUAAAGAAGCUUUGUAAUCAUCCAGCUUUAAUCUAUGACAAGUGUGUGGAAGAGGAGAAUGGCUUUGAAGGUGCUUUGGAAAUAUUCCCCCCUGGUUAUAGCUCCAAGGCUGUAGAGCCCCAGCUGUCAGGUAAGAUGCUGGUCCUUGAUUACAUCCUGGCAGUGACCCGAAGCCGCAGCAGUGACAAGGUAGUGCUGGUGUCCAAUUACACUCAGACGUUGGACCUCUUUGAGAAACUCUGCCGGGCUCGAAGGUACUUGUAUGUCCGCUUGGAUGGCACAAUGUCCAUUAAGAAGCGAGCCAAGGUUGUGGAGCGCUUUAACAAUCCGUUGAGCCCUGACUUUGUCUUCAUGCUAAGCAGCAAAGCUGGAGGCUGUGGCCUCAAUCUCAUCGGGGCUAACCGACUGGUCAUGUUUGACCCUGACUGGAACCCGGCCAAUGAUGAACAGGCCAUGGCCCGGAUCUGGCGUGACGGUCAAAAGAAGACCUGCUAUAUCUAUCGCCUGCUGUCUGCAGGAACCAUUGAGGAGAAGAUCUUUCAGCGCCAGAGCCACAAGAAGGCACUGAGCAGCUGUGUGGUGGAUGAGGAGCAGGAUGUGGAGCGGCACUUCUCUCUGGGUGAGCUGAAGGAGCUGUUUACCCUGGAUGAGGCUAGCCUUAGUGACACACAUGACAGGUUGCGCUGCCGCCGCUGUGUCAACCACCACCAGGUCCGGCCACCCCCUGAUGGUUCUGACUGUACCUCCGACCUGGCUCAGUGGAACCAUAACACUGAUAAGCGGGGGCUCAAGGAUGAGGUACUCCAGGCUGCCUGGGAUGCUGCCUCCACUGCCAUCACAUUCGUCUUCCACCAGCAUUCCCAUGAGGAGCAGCGGGGCCUCCACUGA